AUGAUCAACGGCGGGGACGAGAUCCAGGAGGACGAUGAAGCCGUCCGCUGUAUUUGCGGCUUCGACGAUUACCCUGGCCCGCCGCCAAUUGAAGACGACUCCAAACAUGGGACGAAAGACACAAUUGACAUCGAGCCGCUCCUCACAGGCGAAAUCACCGACGAUCUUGCAGGUUUCUUUGUACAAUGCGACAUUUGCAAGGUUUGGCAGCACGGUGCCUGCGUCGGCAUCAUGACCGAGGAGUCCAGUCCUGACGAAUACUUCUGUGAAGAGUGUCGCAAGGAUCUACACAAAAUAUACACUGCCAGCAAUGGACAACGGUACUCUCACUACCUGCCCCUCACCCGCCAGUCGCGCGCUACCUCCAGAGCAGGAUCGCUUGUCAAGGAUGGCACACGAUCACCUACCCGCAAGGAGAGCAGGAGCGGCCGACAAUCCUCUUUAACCCAGUCCUCGAAGCGCCGGUCUACAAUGAAUAGCCGUGAUGCAGCAUAUGAUGAGGAAGAGCAGUUACGACGUGCUAUUGAGGCCAGCAAAGAGGACACCAUACCUGAACAGGGCGAAGGUGGAACGAGAAGAGCCAAACGGGGCCGUAGCGACAGUGAAGAAUACAGAUUCAGAUCCUUCGGAAGAAUUGCCACUGGCAGCUCGCACGGCCGCAAUCCGAUCCGCUACAGCACCUACGACGACUACGACGACAACGACAGCCCCAACUACGACCGUGGUUACGGAGGUUGUCGCGCCCCCGGAGGCUCCUCCCUCUUCUCAACCGACGCCCGACACUCCGCCGGCAACUUCUACGGCGCCGAGCGGGACAAAGUCGAAGCGAUCGCAUCAGAAGAAGGGCAAAGGACGCAAUCAGUACACUAA